GAUACCGCAACGGCGGCGCCAUGGAUCGGAUUCACGUGGAGCUGUCCCCCGAUGGUGCGGUGACGCGCCGACCUGUGGUGAACGCACAUGUGACAGAAGAGGAAGAGCGGCAACGCGCCUCGAGAGACGAAUACUACUACCACAGUCAGGAACCAUACUCUCCAGACAACGUGGCGAAUUACUCAGCGGAAGCGAUGUUAGAAGUAGAGCUGGACGCAAUUCUACGAGGAGAUCAGACGGCGAGAUGGCGCAGUGUGCAUCGCGGUGCGGCAAGCGUGAAGACAGAAGCCGUCUCAACGCUGCAGCCACCUCCUCCUUUAACCGUACUGACUUCUCGGCAAACUUCACCAACACCAGAAGAGCAAACUCGCACUCUUAAAGGCGUGCUGGACCAUGGCAGCUCGUCGAUGUCGCACUCUGAAAACAGACGCACCCGACGAUCAGCGAUGCGGCACAGCAUCGACCGCUUCUUUGCCAGUGAGGAACGAGACGAGAGUGCCGUGGAGGGUGUUGAGGAAGGGACGGAGGACUUUUCGGUGAGCCGCCGCUCCAACCCCGACGCGCCGUCCGUGCUCUCUCCAUCCUCAGCGGCAUCGCCGGCGCAGGCGGAAAGCGGAAGUCUCGUGGAGGUUACUCCAACUACAGGGAGCCCGCCGCGCGCAUUGUUCAUCCAAAGCAGACGCAAAGCAACCGGCAGCACCGUCGGCACAGAAAACGGAGAGCGUAGAGUUUCCUCGCUCGGUAACUCGUCCGGUGGUGUUCAAGAGGUCGGCAGGCGUACGCGCAACGUCCUGCAGAGCAUCACUGUCAAUACCAUCAUACCGAUGUCGCCAGAGUCGCUCACGAAGCGGUCCUCUGCUAAACCGUUAGGUCGAGGCAAGCACACACACGUGUCUUCUCCGCAAGCGGACGAGGCGGCGUGCUCGCGCUGCGACGACGCCGGCGCUCAUCUCUUUCGCUCUCCCCCCGACGCCGUGCAACAACUCAUGCGUGGCGCGGAGGUUACGGUGACGUGCGAUGCGUGCGACUCGUCUCUGAGCCUGGUCGUGCUUUGCCCCUCCAAUUCACUCCCUUCUGUGCGGUUUUGCCCCCUGUGUGGUAGCGCCGUUGCCUCGAUGCGUGUGCUAGUGUUGUGGACAUGCUAG